UUUUGGGAUAAUAGUUUUUAUGGGUGUUCGUUAUACUAUGUACAGUAUGGUUAAAAGGUAUUUAUUUUAAUAGCCUCUGAAUUUACUCAAAUCACGACGUGGCGGGAAAUAUAAAUAAGUGAGGUGCGGAUGGUAAUGAAUAUGAAUAUCCCAAAUACGCAGUAAGCUUAUCGAAUUUAUGUGAAGGAAAGUAACACUCAGAGUCAGAAUGUACUAUUAUUUCUGUAUCUCCACACAAGAAAAAUUUUAAAAAUAACAAUGUCACUUUAUUGUGGCGUAGGUGUAGCUGGGAAAUUGCAUGCGGUUGGAAGGCAUCUUUCUAUAGUAAAACUCCCGUUAACAUCGGAUGAGAUCGGAAGAUUUCGUUUCGCUUUACUCAGCUUUUGGGUCUUAACAUCAUAGAGGAUCAUGAGCAGAUGAUAUUCGGCGCGAAAGCAGUGAAUGUUUUUAAUGACAAUAUGGUCAUAUGUAGCAAAUAUUUGAUCUUAGAAAUUUGACGUAAUAUCGUAGAAAUGGAUUCAGAUCUGGCUUUGGCUCUGAAACUGCAAGAAGAAUUUGAUGAAGAGUUUUCUCGCUCACAGAAGAAAAAAUCUUUCCUGGAUCUUAACGAUGAAACAACCACAAAAGUGUCUCUGAUAGAUCCAUCAUUAGAAUACAGUGAUCCAACACCUGAUAUUCAUAGAAUGUUUGUGAACUUUGAUAAAAGAUUCUUCUGGAACAAAUUGGGUUCUGUUGAAGUGAAGUGGAGCCCGCGAAUGACCACCUGUGCUGGACUUUGCCGGUAUCGGUCACGUAGUGGGGAAACAUCAAUCAGUUUGAGUCUUCCUCUCCUGAAACUGAGACCUAGAAAGGACUUGGUUGAGACUCUUUUGCAUGAGAUGAUACACGCCUUCCUAUUUGUUACCAAAAACAAUAAAGAUAGAGAUGGCCAUGGUCCGGAGUUCCAGUCUCACAUGAAUCGAAUUAACAAGAGUGCUGGCACCAACAUAACUAUAUAUCAUAGUUUCCAUGCUGAAGUUAAUCUGUACAAAACUCACUGGUGGAGGUGUAAUGGACCGUGCCAACAUCAGAAACCAUUUUAUGGUUUCGUAAAGCGGGCUUCAAACAGAGCUCCAGGCCGUUACGACUUCUGGUUUGCUGACCACCAAAGAAAUUGUGGUGGAGUUUUCAUAAAGGUGAAAGAACCUGAAAAUUAUAAGAGAAGUUCUCCUUCAAAAGUGAGAAAAAUUGAAGAUUUUUUCAUAAAAGGAAAUACAAAACCUAUUGCAAAUGGUAUAACAUCUCAAGGAACUGAUCAAAGCAAAUUUUCUACCUCAACUUCGAAGAAGAAAGGUGGAACAUUUACAAGUAUGAAAUCUGGAUCCUUUACUGUAACAAAACCAGUUCCCAAAGCAAAAGGGACUAUUCCUACUUCAACAAAGCCCAGUGCAAGUGCAGCAACAAAUACAGGAGCACCUACAACACCAAAACUCAAUGCGCCCGCAACACCAAAACUCAAUGCACCCACAACAUCGAAAGUUAAUGCAUCUUCAAAAGGAAUCAUGACAUUUUCAAAUUUGACAGAAAAGGAAGAUCCUAAAGAAUCUCAGGGAUCAUCAGUUUCCAAUCAAAACAUUGUUCCUUUUUCUGGGAAAGGCUAUACAUUAGGAAAAGCAUCAGUUCCUGUGUCAGACAAACCAUGGUUGAAACGAUUUAAUACAGUUGUCUCAAGUCAAAGUGCAGCACGAAGUUCAUGUUCGUUAAAGCAAUCGAGUUCUUUCACCACCUCAACAAGUGGUUCAAAGAAAAUUAAAAUCAAUGAUUGGACAGGCAAGUCAAAGGGUAAUGAUGAUAUGUGUACAGUUGCUUGCCCGGUUUGUAGUGACUCAGUUAAAGCUUCAGAAGUGAAUGACCAUCUUGACUUAUGCCUGAGUAACAUCUCAUUGGAAGGGGACAUGAACGAUGAUGAUAAUAAUGAUGAUAGAUGCAUUGCCUGCAAUCAGUCAUUAGGCAGAAAGUGCAAUGUUCCUACUUUAUGCUCAAUUUGCGAACAAGGUGCUUGUAGUAAUGACUUUGAUAAUCCUAAUUCAAAAAGUGAUGAUUGCUCCAUCAAUUGUCCAAUGUGCGAAAAGAAAAUGAGUAAUGGAGACCUUGAAAGGCACCUGGAACUUUGUAUAAAGGCUGAAGUUGAAGAUAAUCAAACUCUUAUUUGUGAUGAUGAUGAUGAUGAUGUAAUUGUGUUGGACUGAAAGGAUUGCAACUUAUCAAUUGUAUGUAAAGGUAUUCUGAGGAUUCUAAUCCAAAUCUGGUUUUGAGUGGAGCGUAAUGUUCUUUUGUUCAGUGACAUCAAAUUGAAAUUUGCAUAAACUUAAUGCCAUAGUGCAAAAAAUAUGUAACAUAGGACUGGAUAGGGAGUGAUGAUUUACUCAACAUCUUAAUAUUACAUUAUAAAUGGCAUUUCGUAUCUUUGAUCAUUUACUCAUCUGUGUGACUAACCUUUCUUUGUAAGACUGCCAAACAGGCAGACUCAUUGGUAAUAGUAUAUACUUGUGUUUUGGGGUCCUCAGAAUGUAGUGAGGGAUUAACAGCUAUAAGUCUAAAAUUGUUUUCUUGCAAUUGGUUGAUCCCUGUAAAGUCUGUGCAAAAUCUUUGUGCUUGCUAUUAUGUGCCAAACAAUAACUGCAACAUGUUGGCGUCACUUGCCUUUCUAGAUCUCUCUUUCAGGUGAUCUUCAUGCAUUCAAAAUGCCAAACACUAAAACUACUCUAAAAGCAUUGCUCAAAACUACAAUUCGGAAGCAAGAAAACACAAUCUUCAUACUAGGUAGCAAGAGAUGACAAGGUGUAAUAGUAUUUUUCACUUCUUGCUCUGGUAGACAAAUGAACACUCCAGGACCAUUAUAACCAGUUCUCCACUAUAAUAUCUGGUCUUAUUUCUGAUGACAAUUUGUUAGUUCAUGUACAUUUUAUUAAUUCAUUUGUAUUGAAGUGGAAGAAAAAAUAAUUAACAUGGUUCACUGAUGACAGUAAAUAUAUAAUGAUGAAAAUCCUAUUUCACGUUGUUGAAUAUGAACCUUUGCAUUUUCUGACUCCGUUAUACAGACUUGCUUCUUCCAAAAAUGUUUAAUUUUGUACACUGCAUUCAUAUUGGUUACUUUCAUUUUGUAUCAUUAGAAGUUGUGUUGGAGUUUUGUUUUCAAUUUAUGCCAUUUUUUGUAAAUUUUGAGAAAAUAAGUUUGUAAAUGUUAAUUAAAAACUUGAAUUACUUUUAACCUACAUCAUUCACUAUUGAUGUUUGAAGGAAACAAAAAAAAUGUAAUGAAAUGUUUGUUGAUAUUCUAAAAUAUUUUACACAACUUCAUUAUUUUCCUUUUCUGAAAUUGAAAAUUGACAUAAAUGACUAUGGAGGGAUUGCAUGGAAGAAGGGUGUAAUUCAGAAAACACAGUUUUGAGGUAAUGAAAAAAACUGUGUACAGGCUGUAUUUCUCACAUAAAAUUAAAAAAUGCAUACAUAUCACACGAAAAAUCUUAUUAGUAACUGAUUAAAUGCACAAAAAUGCUCUAAUAUGUGGAUUUACAUUAAUUUGAAAAUGUUGAAUUAUACCCUUAUUCCAUACAACAAGCUAAUUUUAAUAUAGUUUUCUUCUAUGAAAACGUACUUGUAUUUCUAAAUUUCAGAAGUACAGAAUAAUUUGCAUUUUUAUCCAGGGUAGUUAUGAUUCAUUAAUUCUUUUUUUCCGAUUUUAUAAAAAGUUUUCCUUUUUCGUCCUUUAUUUUUAUCUUCAACACUACGUAUAUAAGUAUCUGAAGAUGUAUUACUAUCAUCUGGAACUUGAACUCACUAUCAUUUGAUGAAAAAUCAGAUAUAUUGGACAAAUUCACAUCUGUGUCAACAUCCUGUUGAUGUUCUAAACACAGGGAAAUGAAAUUAUGCAAGAUCAUAGAAGUAACAAUGUUAUGAGAAAAUGGCGCAAUUCAGAAUUUCAAAUGCCACUCAAACGACAUCUAUUGGGAUUAGCGCAGUACCAUCUGGAGGGGUGGUAGAAAGUCACCUAAAGAAUAUUUUGAAACUUUUUACGGAUAAACGCCAUAAUUCGAGUUGCGCCCUUCAGCCACUCAACCCCUCACUUGACAGUUUUACUUUUUCUUGGAAUGCAGGGUCUGGUGAACUUGUCAUUGUAUUUUACUUCAUUUGUAAUUAAUGUGGCAGCUCUUUUUUAUUUGUUGUAAGAGUGGAAUUUUUAAUGUGUCCUGGAAAUAUGGUUGGUUUGUUAAUUGAAAUGAAUUUAUUUGUAAAAUUGUGUUGGAUUAAUUUUUUUUUUAAAUGUAUGAAAUAUUGGAUACAUAAUUGUAUAAUUUGUAAUAUAAUUUGCUGUAUAAUUUCUUCAGAAAUGUUUUAAAACCUCAAGCAAUUUAAAAAUUGCCUUGAUUUCUGUGAUCUGUAAGGAAAGAAAAUAUAUUUUUUGAAUUUUAUUAUUUUCUUUGCUCCUCAAUCCUUUAAUUACCCAUUUUCACUCUUG